CAAAUUAUCUCUAUUCUCAAAGUUAUUCUUCUUCUUCUCCUUGUUCUAGGGAUAUCUGAAAAUAGAAGCCAUGGGCAUUCGCUUGCCUGGAUUGGUUCAUGCCAAGAUGAUUCUUCGACGUUCUUUUCUUACUGCAAAUCAAUCAACUUCAUCAACAGCAGCAGCAGCCACAGAUGUCCCAAAAGGCCAUUUGGCUGUUUAUGUGGGAGAGACCCAGAAGAAGCGGUUUGUGGUUCCCAUAUCCUAUUUGAACCACCCUUCCUUCCAAUCCUUGCUUAGUCGGGCUGAAGAAGAGUUCGGAUUUGAUCAUCCAAUGGGUGCUCUAACAAUCCCGUGCCAAGAGGAUGCCUUCAUAAAUCUCACAUUUCGGUUGAAUGGCUUAUGAGUAUUAGCAACCAUCUGGGGCCAAGAAAUUGAUUGGCCCCCGUUCAAAAUUUUGUAAAGCUUAGGAGUAGCCAUUAUAUGUAAAUAGCUUUCUUGUGGAAGAGAAUUGAAGAAGAGGAAAAACAAGUCCC